AUGUCUAUGUCGCGAGUCUACAAGCACGGCUUGAGCAGCACGGCUAUUGAUCCUUCGAACAGUUUUGUCGUGCUCAAGGGCAAGGGCCCCUCCCAGAAACCAGGAAUCCAAGCCUGGGCUGCUAAAGUGGCGAAGAACAAAUGA